AUGGCAGCUGUCGCCAACAGCCCGCAUCGGACGCAGAGCGUUCCGACAUGCACACUCUCCCCUCCUCCUAGGGAGCACUCGCCGCGUUCCGCCCCGGGGAGGCGCAAAACCAACCCCAGGAAGAAACAUUUGGAACUGUUACCACCAGAUUACGGAACAGCCGUCUUCCGUUAUUCCCGUCUGACUACUGGAGCCGGUCAGAAUCAUACCGCACUUGGGGCUUUCCUCACAUCGAAGGAAAACGAUGACGACUGGACGGUGCCAAUCAAGAUUGUCAACACGUUGCCAGAAGACGGCUACGUGACAUUGUACCCUCUCACAGGUCAGGCUCAGGAUGGCCCGAUCCAGGAACCAGAUUCGGGAGACGACAAGAGCCAAGAAGCUACGAAAGAGAGGCGCCAGGGCGGUCUCGAUUUUCAUCGGCCACAAGAUUUCUUCAACUCUGAAUCAGAUCCCUCGGACGGAAGUCAAAGUCGCAUUCUAUUCCUUCGUGGAUUCAUGUCUGCCAAAUGGCUCAACACUAUCGGAGCAAAGUACAUCGUUGACCCGGAAUAUUUCUGUCGUCAUCUGGACUUCAGGCCGGCCGACGACAAUUCGAAUAACUUUUCCAUUCCAGCCCUUCCGUCUUCGUCGUGGCAUAUCAUUGAGCUGCCUAUAAUGACCAUAGGUACCUUCAGAGGCACCGGGACUGUGAACGAGCUCCGUAGCCAAGGAGAGACCGCACUGACGCAGCAUCACCACACUAUCUCCAAGCUUGCGCUGUCAAGGUUGAGCGUGGGCGAGUCUAUGAUCCGGGAUUUCCACGUUUUCGACGAAUCACACUUCGCCAUCGAACAGCGGAUUUCAAUUUGCAUGCUGCAUGACGCGGCGCAUAACUUCAGUCUCCUCGUAUGGCUCGAUAGCGGGAGGGACUUCCCGAAAGACCAGAUGCUUCCCUGGGCCAACCGAGGCUCCGACACUCGCCUCCUGCCGAUCAUCCGACAUAAACACAUGGUUGCGCUCAAAUGCCACCUGCUCUCGGAUAACAAUGGGGUGAAGCAAACGCAGACCGCAUCGCUGCUGCACAAAGAUUAUGGUCGUUCACUACACCUCAAAUCUAUGGCAAACGACGCUUUUUAUUCGCUGAAUGAGGUCUUCUCAUUUGCAGCUUCAUCAGAAAUGCAGUUUCUGAAUCUCCUCGAAGUGAAGCUGGACAAGUAUACCGGUCACGACUCCGACAGCUUGUCGGACCUCAAGUACGCGAAGCACAUACUCUAUCGCCACAUGCAAAAGCUCCAGCAAGUCCUGGAUAGCAUACACAACACGAAACAUCCCAAGUGGCCAAAGGCGAACCUGGAUGAUGGCUUCCGGAAGGUGCGGGUUGCAGCGGACGGUCUCGAGCAAGACUUCAAACAUCUCUUGAACCGGGCAGAGAUGCUGCACAGACGGUGCAAUGAGGAAAUAACGGUGCUUCUGAGCAGUGUUUCCAUUUCUGAGUCAAAGAAGGGUAUCGAGCAGGCGAAACGUGUAAGCAAGCUUACCUUUCUCGCUUUCAUCUUCGUGCCGCUCUCAUUCACGACUUCCUUUUUCGGAAUGAAUGUCAAGGAGCUUGGCGCCUCGUCUGCAAGCAUUUGGUGGUGGAUUGUUUUCUCUUUUCCCGUGUGUGCUCUUGCAGUUGGGCUCUUCUUUUGUGACGUCUCAAAGUAUCUCAAGGCGUUGGGCCGGUGUUUCAGGAACCUCUUCGUUGGAUGA